GCUGCCCGCCCCUGAGUCUGGAGCAGCAGCAGCAGUGGAGCUUCACUGCCUCUCCUCGCCUCACAGUGCGGGAAUAUACCAGUGGAGAGCAGAAUGGAUACGGAAGGGAGCCAGAGCAGCCUGUCCUCCGGCACGGACAACUCCCCCCACGACCCCUGCAAAAUGUUCAUCGGGGGUCUGAGUUGGCAGACAACACAAGAGGGCUUGAAGGAGUACUUCUGUAAAUUUGGCGAGGUGAAGGAGUGUAUGGUGAUGCGGGAUCCCGUUACCAAGCGGUCGAGGGGGUUCGGGUUUGUAACAUACGCAGAACAGGCUGGUGUAGAAAAGGUUUUGGCGCAAAACAGACACGAAUUGGAUUCCAAAACGAUCGACCCAAAGGUGGCAUUCCCCCGCCGGGCUCAGCCAAAGCUGGUGACCAGGACAAAAAAGAUCUUUGUCGGAGGACUGUCAGUCAAUACCACCAUCGAAGAUGUGAAGCAAUACUUUGACCAGUUUGGAAAGGUCGAUGAUGCCAUGCUUAUGUUCGACAAAACAACCAACAGACAUAGAGGUUUUGGCUUUGUUACUUUUGAAAAUGAAGACGUCGUGGAGAAAGUGUGUGAGAUCCAUUUCCAUGAGAUCAACAACAAAAUGGUUGAAUGUAAGAAAGCCCAGCCUAAGGAGGUGAUGACGCCGACAGGCUCAGCCAGAGGCCGCUCCAGAGUGAUGCCCUACGGGAUGGACGCAUUCAUGCUGGGGAUCGGCAUGCUAGGCUACCCAGGUUUCCAGACUACUACCUACACUAGCCGCAGUUACUCUGGAAUUGCGCCUGGUUACACUUACCAAUUUCCAGAAUUCCAUUUAGAGAGGACCCCCCUCCUGACAUCAUCCCACCCCCCUGAACUGGCAGCCAUUCCCCUGACUGCAUAUGGACCAAUGGCAGCAGCAGCAGCGGCAGCGGUAGUUAGAGGCUCCACCCCUUCACGCACAGCUGGCUUCCUGGGCACCAGCAGCCCCGGACCAAUGGCUGACCUGUAUGCUGCAGCCAAUCAGGACUCAGGAGUCAGCAGCUACAUCAGCGCUGCUAGCCCCGCCCCCAGCACAGGGUUCGGCCACAGUCUAGGGGGUCCUCUGAUUGCUACUGCGUUCACUAAUGGCUACCACUGAGAAGACUCAGGUCACUGAAGAUGGGAGGGGGUCCUCCUCUGCUGAUGAGCCAAUCAAAAUGCUGGCUGCCCACUGAUGGCACAACCUGAUUGGCCGGCCACAGGCUCUACCGGGGUUCUGGCUCCCUGUGGCUCCACCCACCGACUGAAUAUCUUUUUAAAUCCUGAACUCUGUUUUGCUGUACUAAUCUCACUUCAUCAUAACUUCCCCAUCUCUUCCUCCUGUAGUCUAAUAAGUAGAUCCAUGUCCUCCUUUAUCCCUUUUUCGGAAGCUGAGAAAAGAAAACUGCAAAAAAAAGAAAAAAAAAGGAAAACUUUGUCAUCUUUGACAGAGACACAGAGGACUAUUUUAAUUUUUUUAUUUUAUUAUUUUAUUUCAAUGUGAUAUGUUGUUUCAUCAUGAAAUCCUUCAAUGCUGUUACUGAUGUGAACAGAAAGAAAAUGACAGAUGGGCCUUUGUCUAAAAGAAACCCAACCAUUUAUAACAAAGGAAGAACAAAACCAACAGCACGAAAAGUCCUUUUUUUAAGUCAAGUCAACAUGGAAAAAACUAAAAUGUAUAUUUUGGUAGUCUUUAAAAACAAACCUUUGUAAUAUUGUUAUUAAUAUUGACAUAAUAAUGAUAAUCUGUAAGGUAUUUUAUUCUGUAAUUGGUUUUAAAGCAAUGUUUUUAUGUCUUCCUGUAAGAUAUUGUACAUAGAUGUUGGGGUAAAGCGGGGGGGUAUGAGGGAGGAGGGGUUACUGAACCAGCUGGCAUGUCAUUGGUUGGUUGGAAAGGGUUGACGGCGACGUCAUCUGCUACUAUGUAUGGUCAUCUCACUACUUUUAUCAGUACACCUGAUGGUUUGUGUGUACGCUGCCGACAACACCUCAGCACAGCGUUGUUGACGAUAGCCGAUGGAAAAAAAAAAAGAAAAAAAAAAAAACUUCCAGGAGUUUGGUAUAUUUCAGUUCAGAAACAAUUUUAUGACAAUUUUGUUUGCUUUGGUUCUUGAAAAAGCAAAGAAUUUCUUUUUUUUACAUCUUCAUUACAACUACUUAAACACACCGUUAACAUUCACAUAAUGGACUAUGUAAGAACUACCACCUUAAACAGAAGAAAUCAGGGGUUCACGGGGUUGGGGUUUGACUUGACUUCCUCUUUUUUGAAAAUAUAUAUUUUUUUGCGCAAUUCACUUCUUAAUGUUUUUGUUUAAUGUUUUUUUUUUUUUUUUUUUAAAUUCAAUGCGGUGUUUUCCACCGUGAAAACAAAUGAAGGACAUUCUCAGAGAAGCAAUUGUAGAAAACACCACGAUCAUGUUCUGUCACUAUUGAAGGUGGAUGUGAUUGCGUCUGAGUGUGUGUGAGUGAGUGUUUGUGCGCAUACAUCAAGGUGUAAUAUGGAACUACUUUGGCAAUGAAAGAGCAUUUCGAUUGCUGUUUUUUUGUUUUGGUACUGAAAAGAUCAUCCUGUUCCAUUUGGGCUCUUCUGGUCCUUUCCCUCGCCUUCCUCCCAUUUCAUAUUAGUUUUAAUACCUUUGCGGUCCUCUGGAACCGACAUAUUAUUGUUUAUAUAGAGUUGCUGCUCCGUGUAGUGGUGAACAGAGGGGGUCUGGGCGGGGAACCACAAAUGGAACAGGGUCUGCUCCCAGUCGGCUCUGAUGCAGGACCUCAGUAACAGACAACACUGGCUGGCAGGGAAAGCAAAAAGCUGGAGCAAAAAUAAGUAGCUUGUUUGUUGAUUCGUCUUGUUGCAGCCUCUUUGAUGUUGAGCACAGUGAGGAACUUCAAGCAGCAAACUUCCUGAUCCAGCCAGUGGUUCCUUUGUCAGACUGCCUGGGACACGGCAUAAAACUACUGCUGGACACCAACACUGUAACUUUUUAACUUACAAUAAAGCAAUAAGUUAUUUUUUACCUUACAAAUGAAAAUAAUACUAUUAUUGGUAAUAGCAGACGACGUGUGGAUAAUUCUGCGGCAUUAAGACUUAUUUUCAGAAAAAAGAAACUAUAUUUUUCUGUUUUGAGAUCUUGCUCCCCUUGUAUAUUGAUUUUAAUGAUGUCUUUUGUUGUGUUGAUGUAAGGAAAAGGGCCAACGCUUUGAAUGGAGGCCGCAGCUCGACAUGAGCUCCGGUUAAAGUAAAUGACUCUGAUUUGGGCUGUCACCCGCCAAGCUUUACAGCAAUGCUUUUCUUUUUUUCCUUGUUUUUUUCUGAUAAUUUCAAUUUUAAAACCCUAAUAAAUUAUUCUAAAGCA